AUGGCGAUUGAACCUCUCCGUGACAAUCUGGACACCAUUGCAGCAACCGACCAACGAUACGACAGUGAUUCCACUUCUCAGCAGCAAUUCACUGUGUACAACUACCAGCUGAGUGGUCCACACGCCACAGUUCUUUCCCCAGCCAACCAAGCAAGCACAUAUGGUGGAGUAACCAGCCUUGGACAAAACCAAGUUCAGAUUGCUGCAGAGGGUAGCCCUGAGCACCGCCGGAUUACAUCAAACUAUGCUCUUCACUGCAUAAGUCAGAUGCUGAUGGAAGACAUUGACGAGGGGGUUGACAUAUGCCAAGAGGAGGCUGCUCUCCAGGUUGCUGAGAAGCCGUUCCGUGACAUUCUUCGACAGGUAUACGCGCCGGCUACUAACUGGCCACCACUGCAUAGCAACAACGAAAAAGACAACCCUGAUAAGAGUGCGAUCAGCUGUUACAAGAGGCUCGGGAGCACUAGCUUCAGUAAUGACUGUUCAAGUUACAGCUUGGUACAGCCCUUAACAACCCCGACGAGUCCAUAUAUCUGCAAUAGGAGUGUUUUUCUACCAAACCAGCCAUUGAUAAGUGUUGGAUGGACUUCCGGAUCUGGCUUCCCUGCCUUGCAUUGUCAGAGAGGUGUCAAGGAGGAAAAGAUAUUUGCUUCAAGUAUUGAUAAGCUGGUGAUAUAUUUAGAGAAUGGCAUACUUUCUAUUUCCAAACUGACUGCAAAUGCAAAAGUAGGAGAGAGGAGCGAAAACACGACCUUUGAGGUGGCAGACCAAAGGGACUGGGAUAUCUUGGAAGGAAGGAGCAAUAAACAUCAUGCCAUCACCACUUGUGCAAUAAUUCGAAAUGAAAAUUUCGACCGAGUUCUGCUAUGCUAUGGUCGUUCCGACCAAAUAAGAAGACUGCGGGAAAGGAUGGCAGGGAAAGGAGACAAUAACUUGCUGAAAGGCCGGAGCAAAGGACGUGCCCAUCAGAAGCUAUGGGCUAGGAAGCGGCCAAGGAAAGAGUUGGUUGAUCUCAGGACUCUCCUCAUCCAUUGUGCACAGGCUGUGGCAGAAGACCACCAGCUAUUGGCCAGUGAACUGAUAUUGAAGAUAAGACAACACUCUUCUGCAGAUGGUGAUUGUACUCAGAGGCUGGCAUUUUAUUUGGUGGACGGCCUCGAGGCACGCUUGGCUGGGAGCGGGAGUCAGAUUUAUCACAACCUCAUGGAGAGGCCAACAAAUACCACAGAUUGGUUAGAGGCUUACAGCCUUUUUCUUGCAGCUUGCCCUUUCAAAAGGGUGUCAUACUACUUUGCCAACCAAACUAUUUUUGAUGUCUCACAAAGGCAACCAAGGGUUCACAUCGUCGAUUUCGGCAUCGGCUUUGGCUUUCAGUGGCCAUUAAUGAUUCAGAGGUUUGCACAGCAAGAAGAGGGAGCCCCUAAGCUUCGGAUCACAGGUAUAGACACUCCCCAGCAAAGUUUGCGCCCCUGCGAAAUGAUCGAGGAGACAGGUAAGCGGUUGGCUGAUUAUGCAAACAUGUUCAAGGUACCAUUUCAGUAUCAGGGCAUUGCCGCUUCAAGAUGGGAGACCAUUAAAAUUGAGGAUCUUAACAUUGCCGAGGAUGAAGUUCUCAUAAUCAACUGCAUAUUCCGGAUGAAGAAUCUUGGUCAUGAAACCGAAGCCAUAAAUGGCGCAAGGAAUGAGCUGCUGAAAACUAUGAGGCGGAUGAACCCAAAGGUUUUUAUUUCUGGCAACGUGAAUGGGUUUCACAGUUCUCCCUUCUUCAUACAACGAUUCAAAGAGGUUAUGCUCCAUUACUCUUCAAUGUUUGACAUACUUGAUGCAAAUGUUCCACGGGAUAAUGAAGCAAGAAAGAUGAUUGAGAGGAUCCUAUUUAGGCGGGAUGCACUUAACAUCAUAGCAUGUGAGGAUGCAGAAAGGACUGAGAGGCCAGAAAGUUACAGGCAGUGGCAAGCAAGGUUCCUCAAGGCUGGGUUCGAGCAGCUUCCUGUCGAUCCAGCCAUCUUAAAGAAAAUAGUUCACAUGAAGAACUCACUUUAUCAUGAGGAAUUCUUUGCUGUUGAAGAUCGCGGUUGGCUGCUACAAGGAUGGAAAGGGAGAGUACUUUAUGCUAUAUCUAAAUGGAAACCUAAUGAAAUAUACGAUGAUCAGUAUGAUCCAAGCGGUUUUUCAAGUGUGCGAACAUGCGUGGGCAACUUCCCGCCUCGGUAUCUACUUGCAUGA